UGUGCUCUGCCCUGAGGCAGGGUCUGGGGAGGGGAGACCGUUCUGUGCAGGAAGGGGGCCGCUCUGUGGCCCGGGGUGCAGCUCUCCCGUGGGGGCUGCUUGGUUCCCGACCAUGGGGAAGGACCAGGAACUGCUGGAAGCCGCUCGCACUGGGAAUGUGGCUCUGGUGGAGAAACUCCUCUCUGGGAGGAAAGGAGGGAUCCUGGGCAGUGGAUCUGGAGCUAUUCCCUUAUCCAGCUUAUUGAGCAUUUGGCGAGGACCAAACAUAAACUGCACUGACAGUUCUGGUUAUACUGCUUUACAUCAUGCAGCUUUAAACGGACACAAGGAUAUAGUUCUCAAAUUACUUCAGUAUGAAGCAUCAACWAAUGUAGCAGAUAAUAAAGGCUACUUUCCUAUUCACUUGGCUGCUUGGAGAGGAGAUGUAGAUAUUGUGAAGAUUCUCAUCCGUCAUGGACCAUCACACUCCAGAGUGAAYGAACAGAACAAUGAAAAUGAAACAGCACUUCAUUGUGCAGCUCAGUAUGGUCAUUCAGAAGUUGUUGCUGUUCUGCUAGAAGAGCUGACAGACCCCACAAUAAGAAACAACAAACUGGAAACACCUCUGGAUCUGGCAGCGCUUUAUGGACGUCUGUGCGUUGUAAAAAUGAUCAUCAAAGCCUAUCCAAACCUGAUGAACUGUAAUACAAGAAAACACACUCCUCUGCAUCUUGCUGCACGUAAUGGCCACAAAGCUGUCGUUCAGGUGCUUCUGGAGGCUGGAAUGGAUGUCAGCUGCCAAACAGAAAAAGGAAGUGCCCUACAUGAAGCUGCCCUUUUUGGAAAGGUGGAGGUAGUACGCAUUUUGCUUGAAACAGGAAUUGAUACCAACAUAAAGGACAGUUUGGGUAGAACAGUUUUGGACAUACUUAAAGAGCAUCCAUCUCAGCAGUCGCUCCAAAUUGCAGCUCUACUUCAAGAAUAUAUGGAAACAGGAAAUGCAAGUAUUUCAGAGGAACGCCCCCUGGAAUGUGCAGAACAUCAGUCUUGCGUUUUGUCCCCAGAAGUUCCUCCAUCUCCAAAGGCUAAAAGUGAAGCUGUGACUGGAGAAUUAUCAAAGCUCUUAGAUGAAAUCAAAUUGUGCCAAGAAAAGGAAUACUCUUUUGAAGAUCUGUCUCAUACAAUAUCAGACCAUUAUCUGGAAAAUUUUAGUAAAGUAUCAGAGGAAGAGCUUAUGACCAGUGGAAGCCAAACCAAGCUUAAUGUAAGGCCUCCUUCAAUGCGUUUAUCACCAAGGGAGGAAGAAGAUGAUGACACAGGUGAAAAUGCUUGUGGACCUUCAGGUUUAUGGGAGGCACUGACACCUUGUAAUGGAUGCAGAAACCUCGGUUUUCCCAUGCUUGCCCAGGAGUCUUAUUCAAAGAAGAGAGGUUAUGCAUUGGAAGCAAUACCCUCUGUACCUCUGGAUGCAGUUCCUCCAGGAAAUGACAGCAGUCUUUGUGAUUCAAUAGACAUAGCAGUGACCAAAAAGCCUUGUUCCCUAGAGAUAGCAAGAAUUCCUUCCUCAAGACCAGAUAAUGCACCUCAGGUAGCAAUUACCGCACCAGGAUCUGGUAACCAUAGAAACAGCUCUACAGGCCCAACACCUGACUGCUCUCCUCCAUCACCAGACACUGCACUUAAAAACAUAGUGAAAGUUAUACGUCCUCAGCCAAAGCAACGUACAUCCAUAGUAUCUUCUCUGGAAUUUCACCGAAUGAAUCACAGCCACAAUUAUUUUGAAAUCAACCCAACCAUUGGCUGUGCAAGUUUUAUUUCUACUCCUGCAAUCAGUCCAGCUAAUUAUUCCUUUGGAUCUCUGGAAUACAGUCUUGAAGAGAAAGAACUUCCAGAGCAACUUUGCCCGGGUGAAACAUCCACAGAAAGCGAGCUUCCUGAAGGACACCCCGCUGAGCAGUUUGCAGGUUUGCUUCAUGGAUCAUCACCUGCAUGUGACCCACCUGAAAAUCCACUCCAGCUGUACUGCAAAGCAAACCCGUGCAGUGGGCCCCUGGAGAAAAGCUUUUUGAGCAAGAGCGCAGCGCAGCAGAUACAGCUACGAAAAGAAAGCAGCUCUGAUCCUCCUGUUAAGAAAAAAAAGCCACCAAUUGUAAACAGAACCAUAUUUCAUACUAAAAAUAAACCAGCAGAAAAUCAUACCCUGGUUGGCGCACCAAGGAUAAGUGAACAAUGGGUUAUUACCACUGGGGGRUUUGUGGAGCGAGCCUGCACGCUGGGCAGAAUUCGAUCUUUACCAAAGACUUUGCUGGAAAUGCAUUUGUGCAAAAAUGUUUCGAAAUCUGAUUCUAAUCUUAUCACCCAUCCACCAAAUGAUAAAAAAGCAAGAAGCAAUUGGAGUGAGCCCACACCAAAGCCACAGUGCUCCAAAGGGAAUUCAGAGAGAACACCUUCCUUCACAUCAGAAUGGGAAGAAAUUGAUAAAAUCAUGAGUUCAAUAGAUGCUGGAAUUAAUACUGGACUGGGGGAGAUGAAAGAUCAUGCUACAAGACCCCGAUGCCCUGUCCAGACAGUGGGACAAUGGUUGGAAAAUAUUGGGCUACCUCAGUAUGAAAACCACUUGCUGGCUAAUGGAUUUGACAAUGUGCAAUUUAUGGGAAGCAACGUGAUGGAGGACCAGGAUCUCUUGGAAAUAGGAAUCCUUAACUCUGGGCACAGACAGAGAAUACUCCAAGCAAUCCAGCUUCUCCCAAAGAUGAAGCAGAUCGGUCACGAUGGUUACAACCCCUCCUCUGUAGCUGAAUGGCUGGAUUCCAUUGAACUGGGUGACUAUACCAAAUCCUUUCUAAUUAAUGGCUAUACGUCGAUGGACCUUGUGAAAAAAAUAUGGGAGAUUGAAUUAAUUAAUGUCUUAAAAAUUAGCUUGAUUGGCCACCGGAAGCGUGUUCUGGCAUCUUUGGGAGACAGGCUUCACGAAGAUCCUCCUCAGAAGCCACCUCGGUCAAUAACCCUCAGGGAACCCAGUGGUAACCACACUCCUCCUCAGUUAUCUCCAUCACUUAGCCAAAGCACUUUCACUACUGGUGGCUCCCUGGACGUUCCCCACAUUAUCAUGCAGGGCGAUGCAAGGAGAAGAAGAAAUGAAAACUAUUUUGAUGAUAUCCCCCGGUCAAAGCUGGAGAGGCAGAUGGCACAGCAGUCUUCAGUCUGUGAGAUCUGGACCAACCAGAAUGCAGGAUAUCCUUUCUCAUCGAUCCAUCAGGUUCAUAAUACAGGAGACUGGGGAGAGCCUUCAAUUACCUUGCGACCUCCAAAUGAAGCCACAGCGUCAACGCCUGUACAAUAUUGGCAACAUCAUCCAGAGAAACUCAUCUUCCAGUCAUGCGAUUAUAAAGCAUUUUAUUUAGGUUCCAUGCUGGUAAAAGAGUUAAGAGGCACAGAGUCAACACAGGAUGCRUGUGCCAAGAUGAGGAAGUCUACAGAACAGAUGAAGAAAGUACCAACCAUUGUCCUGUCUGUCUCUUACAAGGGAGUCAAAUUUAUUGAUGCCACUAAUAAGAAUAUUAUUGCUGAACAUGAAAUCCGUAACAUUUCCUGUGCUGCACAAGACCCCGAAGACCUUUCGACGUUUGCGUACAUCACUAAAGACUUGAAGACCAAUCACCACUACUGCCACGUAUUCACUGCAUUCGAUGUGAAUUUAGCUUACGAAAUCAUUCUUACGCUAGGACAAGCAUUUGAGGUGGCCUAUCAGCUUGCACUACAAGCACGAAAAGGGGGCCAUUCUUCAACCCUCCCUGAAAGCUUUGAAAACAAACCCUCUAAACCUAUUCCCAAACCACGUGUUAGUAUUCGGAAGUCAGUGCAGAUAGAUCCAUCCGAACAAAAGACUCUUGCGAAUCUACCCUGGAUUGUUGAACCUGGACAAGAGGCCAAAAGAGGCAUUAAUACCAAGUAUGAAACUACAAUUUUCUGAUACAAAACUGUCCCCCUGUUCCUUGUUGUGCCUUGCACGCCAAGCAGUCACAGCACAGCCUUUCCUUUAUGGCAACGUUUCAAUCCAGCAGAGAGGAAGACUGCACUGUAUGAGUGGCCUUGUAACUAACAAAAAAGGCUGACAGUCAUUUCUGGUGAUGUUCUUCUUCCUGCAGCACUGACAGAAGAAUGACACUAUAUGAAGACUUUUAAAAUUACAGUCCACAAGAGGAGUGAAAAACCUUAUUUUUCAUGCAGUUCUCCCUUGUGACUCUGCCACAGUGCUUUCUUUGAUUUCUUAUUUUAGAAUUCUACUUUUUAAAGAAAAAAAAAGGUCUCUAAACUAAUGCUAAUGCUGCCUAUGAGUAGAGUAUUUGAUUGGGUUUUUUAUUUAAAUCUUGGCAGUUUUUAAUCGAAAUAGAACCAGAAUUAAUAAAUAGAUUAUUUGUGAAACCACUGAAUUCAUUAAUAAUUACUGUGUUGAAUAAAGAACUCAUUAAAGUGACAAGAAAUUAGGCACCCUGAUUUCUGUGUGCGCUGAUUUUAUAUGUAAUCAUUGAUGUCCUUUGAUCCUCUACAGAAAUAAGAACCUCUUGCAUUGUAGCAAAGGAUCAGAGUUUUAUGAAUGGUUAGAAAAAGGUAUUAAUAAUGAACAGAAAACAUUUAUUAGAUAUUUUUAUGGAAGAGAAGUAGAAUAGGAAAACAUAUGAAUAUUUAUGGAAGGAAGCCAGAUUAAUUAUGAUAAAUAUUGUUUAUUUUAAAGUUGAGUAAAUGACUGCUAUUGCAGCAUUAYGAAAAUUAUAAAGAGUUGUAGCAUCAGUGCACUGGAUGUUCUGUGUGAUCAGUCUGGAAUGAAAGUGGAAUGGUCAUUCUACUACACUAGUUUAUGCAGUUCAACAUUGCUAUAGCCAUGAAUUCUACUAGUAAUUUUAAAAAAUAAUCUCAGUGGUUCUAAAAAAGUCAAAACCAUGGAUUUUGCUAUCAAGAUUUCUGUCACAGAAAGCUUAUUUCGAAGAGUGUUGAUAAAAUUCUACUGCAAAACAUUUUCUAGAUAAAAACAGCAAGAAAAAGGAAAAAAUUUCCAAAGUAAUAAAAAUGUUUUCAUGGAACAAAAUAAUUAAGCAUUUGCUUAAUAUUUGGUUAAAUAAGAUUUACUUAAUUUUUCUUUAAAGUGUUUUAAUUUUUUUAAUGUCUGUGGAGUAUUUGUAUAAUACCAUGAUGUAUAUUUAUGUAGAACUGAAAUUAUAACAGUAAAAAUAUCAUUAUAGGAGAAAAAUGACAUUUUAACAUAUAUUGUUCUAUCCAGUCAAAUUGUGAACCAUUUUGAAGUUCAUUAUAGAGAUAUUGAUAAAUUGUGUGGUUGUCUUAAUGUUUUUUUAAUUAUUAUUUCAUAUCCAGCUGAAGUUUUUCAGUUAGAAUCAUCAGUUGGUAUAUUCCAAAAAUGGAUAAUUGAACUUGGUUUAAAACUGAUAAUUGUAUAUGGUUUAGUUAAACCUAAUCAUAGCGCUGAGUGAUGACAUACUUUUAAUACCGUAUUCAAUUUACUUGAACAAAAUAGUUCCUUGUACAUAUUUUUGCUUAUUCACUGUUGAUAUGUACUUAGUCAACUGACAGUAAAAAAAAAUUAACACUAAAAAUAUGGUACCAAAAGGAAAAUUGUAUAGGAGAACAGUAAAUAGUAGCCUCACUGCAACAAAUACUUAUGUAAAUAUGCUUGGGCUUCCAGUUAUAAAUUUUGUAAUUUUGUCAUUUAUUUAUAUCCUAUAAAAGCACACAAAAUAAAAUGAAGUUGUACAGUCCCAGUUUUGUGUAUCAUUUUAUCAUUGCUGAAGGAAAUAAGGGGCAUAAUGUAAAUGAUACUGAAAUCAGGGAGGGUUUCCCCCACUCCCAUUUCACUGAUUUCAUCAGGUUUGGAUCUUGUACGGAGGAAACGUAGGAAUUGCUGUGGAGAGAGUUUUGGUUUGGAGCACAGAUUUUGAUUACAGAUGGUAAAAAUGUCACACUUGCAUUAACUGAUUCUUCCAUGCACUACUAAACUGCUGACUUCCCAUAUUUAAUCACAGUCUUUAAAGACUUGUGCAGGAGUUAUGUUAAAACACAUUCACUUCAGGCACRUAAAGUACAAACAGCCCAGGUUUUCAGGGUAUAAAACUGGAGCACCUCUUAGGCAGCUGAGUGACCCCUCAAAUUAAAGGAUGAGACAGGAACUGCASCAAGAGCCUAAGCAGAUGUAAAGGAAAGGUGUGAAACAACAGGAAGAACUGGCUCCUUAUGGGAAGAAUUUGAUCUAGGUUCAUCAAAGAGAUGUCAAGCAGGUAAGAUGUCACAGUAAACAGGCAGACUCAUUUGGGAGAGAAAAUGGGGCACAAGAGACUGAAGUUGACUAGCAGAACUGAUGAAAGAUGAGACAGAUGAAAGACUGGUAGGGCAGAGAAGGAGUGUGAAGGUUUUAGGACACAGGCAGUGAGCAACUAAAGCCCCCACAGCAGACAAAUUUGAAGUGGAAGGAAAAAUAAUUAACAGACCUAAGAGACUUCUSUAUCUGUGGAAACCUGGGAUUUUAGAAGGAAACAUAUCCAUCUGUCCAUCCACUACUAACCAAUACUAGUGUAAGCCAGUCAGAGAGAAGUCCACAGGGUCUCCUCUAGCAUGGGACAGCGUUUCAGCARUCCUUUCUUCAGAUCCAAAGGGACUUCUACGAACUUGCACUAAUCCAGAGGAGUUACCACGUGAUCUUUUCUCUUUUUUUGAUCAAGGUGACUUUUCAGGAACUUUAAGUUCCUGGUGUGGUGGAAGUUCAUAGGCAGUAAAGGGAUAAUGGUCAGUCUUAAGAGUGAGGGUAGGGGAAAAGCCAGARACUUCUAUAAGAUCAUAGAGUCAGGAAAAUUGCUACUCUUGACCUUGAGGGUAAGAGGGAAGCAGAGGCAGUGAAGGAGAGUAGAUGAAGAAGCUGGAGCAUUUGGGUGCUGUAAAACCAAGAGUUCAUUCCUUAAAGUGGGAAGGUGGAGACGAGGCAAAAGAACAGGUGCUACAGAAGUCARUUGCAUUUGACAUGAAAUUCAACUGAGGUCUGGGUGACAAAGGAUUUUGAGAAUUACGUGGGUAGUGAGGUCUCUGAUAUGCUGUUGUGAAUGGUGUUUUAGGUCACUCAAAGAGUGACUGGCAAAGCUAUUGGCAAAACCGGGUUUAAUAAAAAUGUGAAAGCACAAUAAAGAAUGUUAUCUGUUUGGAGGUUCAGGAUGGGAAAAGGUUAAGGAUGGAAAAGGGUGAAAACAAAAAGGAAUGAGAGGGAUCCUCCUGUUGAGUCACGAAGUUCAGAGUAGACCCUCUUGCCAAACUUAGCUCCAGACUUGACCAAUGAUUUAGGCCUGAAGUUUUUAACAGCACUUAAGAGCACUUCAUUGACCGCCUAAUUUAAACAAGAAAAGAUUUUUUUAGCAUUUACAAUGAGCAUGACAGUAASUCACAGGCCUAGCUUAGGUACGAGUCUAAUCUAUUUACGAAUUACUGAGAUUAGCACCARGGUUAAUUAUCUCACCUUCACUGACAGGGGCAGGGCCUAGAGCUGUGUGCGUGUGGCUCGGUCAGUGUUCUAAACCACACUCGCAGGGAAUGUGGUUCUGGGUGAAGGAAAGGUGAGUGCACAGAGGAAAUGUCAUUUUGUUCCUUUUUUCCGGAGGAACAAAGCAGCAGCCAGAGCCCUUGGGGUGGUGCAGACACAGAGCAGGGCAGUCAGUGCAAGCAGAGCAGUCAGGGUGUGCAGACAGUCCGGCUUGGAGGGUUUGUCCAUUGUUGCUUCUGAUUGUCUUGGGCUUGGGGAAGGGGGACACCAGCUGUGGGAGCAUCCGUCACAUUGUCCUUUGUCUCAUGAAGAGAUGGAGCAGCUGGGCUCUGGUAA